UCUAAAAUAGUACUCAACAGGAAAAAUGGAAAGACGCUUGAUGUCUAAAUUAGCUCCAAAAUUGGAAAGGAAAUAUGUGGAGAAAAAUAGAAGGAAUCAUAUGAAGAAUCUAUGUAAUCAACUUCACUCCAUGCUCCCUACUCAUCCCUCUUCCUCCAAGGAAACAACAAUGGCAGUGCCUGAUCAAAUAGAUGCAGCAGUGAAGUACAUAGAAAGUUUGAAAAUGAAAUUGGAGAAGAGCAAGAAGCACUUGAAAGAUUUGAAAAUGGGCCCAAAGAGGGACCAAUUACUCAAUGCAACUAAUGAGCCCGGCCCAACCACAAAGUCACCACCUCAGAUUGAAUUCCAUGAAAUGGGCCCAAACAUGGUCGUAGUUUUAAUAACUAGCCUUGAAAAUAUAGCCACAUUUAAUAAAAUCAUUCGAUUAUGCCAUAAGGAAGGUGUUGAAGUUGUGUCUACGAGCUUUAAACUCAAUGGAAACUCUACACUGCAGAUUUCUCAUGAAACUAAGGUGCAAAUCAAUAGAAGUUCAACAAUGGAAUUUAAAGCUACAAGUCUUUGUGAUAAGAUGAAGGAGUUGAUUUAUGGACCAUCUUGCAGCAAUGACAUGGAAUCCCACCAACAUUUAUGGGACUACAUUAUUGAAUCUGGACUUAUAGAAUUUAAUACAGAGGAAUUAUCACCAAUAGCAAGUCAAAAUCCAAACAUACAUAGUCAUAUGCAAAAUGUUAAUGAAACUCCUAGAUUUUGCUAAGUUGUAGGAUGUUACGAAAAAUCAAAAAUCAAAUCAAACCGGAAAAAAAACAAAUGAUAUUUCAUGGUUUGAUUUGGUUUUAGGUUUAAAUUUUAAAAUUUUUACGGU